CAUAUCUGCAAACAUAGCAUUGAUGUUGAAUGCUUUGAUUCACGAGAUCAAGGACAGCUGAUCCCAAAGAUUGCUUUGUACAGUAAUAGUGUUGGGCAAAAGGUCAACAAUCACAGUCGAAAUGUCCCAAGUGGGAGAUACCUUGUGGCUCUUAUGCACUUAUCGGAUGAUCACUUACCGAUAAGCAUUUAUCCGUUAUCAGAACUCAAAUUCCAGACUUAUCUAGCCCAGGAUCGUGAAUCUAAGUUCGAGCCAUCCACAAUCAACAAUGAGACCCGUGGAGUCUUUACCUCUCCAGAACACACACAGCCUUGGCACAUUGCGAAGUAUGCUAUCGCCAACCACAAAGAUAUUUCUUCCACCAUAAGCGCAUUUCCUGAAGCGAGAGCAACGACAACCACGACAGUAAUCCGAGCGAGACCUGCCCCCAGGCGCAUUCGAUCCGGUCCGGCAUAGCCGAGGCGAGAACCGAACUCUUCGCAACACCAAAACACUUGAAAAGUACUCAAUGUCGGGCACAAUAACUGGCAAAGUAGCAGCCGGCGCCACGGCCGCCGUCACCUCGGCAGUCGAGAAUGUCGCAAGGACCGCAACCUCCCUCACAGCCGGCGGCGGCUUCGCACCGCGCGAAGUUUACGAAUCCUCGACCCAAAUCACCCGCUCCUACUACCUCGGUCACCACGCCUCCGCCCUCAACAAAAUGCGCCAAACCAUCUCGAACGUCGGCUUGAUCAUCGAAUGCCGCGACUUCCGCGUACCCAUCUGCUCGUGGAACCCGCUCCUCGAGCGCAGUCUCGCCGCCUCCGCCGCCGGCGAGCGCUCCCGCAUCAUCGUCUAUACGAAGCACGACCUCGGCCCACCCUCGGGCAACUUCUCCAAAGAGACCUCCAUCGAGGGCUACACCAACGGCCGCUACCAAAACGGCAAGGACAUGGUCAAGACCCUCAAGAAGUACCACAAGAACUCCUACACCACCAAAGACGUCAUGUUCCUCGGCACCUCCGCCGGCGCCCGCAGCCGCAACGACGCGCCCAACAACGACAAACACCUGCUCGAGUCCAUCAAGCGCAUUGCUCGCGAAGCCGACUCCUUGACGGGCAUGCGCGCCAUGGUGGUCGGCAUGCCCAACAGCGGCAAAUCCACCCUGCUCAACCGGCUGCGCGCCAAGGGCAUGGGUCUGCCCAAAGCCGCACAAACCGGCGCCACACCGGGCGUCACCCGCAAGAUCGGCACCCCCGUGCGCAUCAUAGCUGGCGAGUCCGCCGACGACCCGAGCAGCGCCGGCUUAGGCGAGGGAGUCUUCAUCAUGGACACGCCGGGCGUGUUCAUCCCGUACGUCUCGGACCCGGAGGACAUGCUCCGUCUGGCGCUGGUGGGGUGCGUGAAAGACGGCGUGAUCCCGUCCGUCACGGUGGCCGAUUACCUGCUUUACCAUUUGAAUCUUGUCGACCCGAAGCUGUACACGCGCAAGUUCGACUUGGGCAAGCCGACCAACGACGUGCACGAGUUCCUGCGGGCGGUAGCGACACGCACGGGUAAACUGAGAAAGGGGUCGGAGCUGAACCUGGAAAACGCAGCCGACUGGGUGGUGCAGGCGUGGCGGCGCGGAGACCUGGGCAGGUUCGCGCUGGAGAGGGUCACAGAGGAGACGCUCGCGCAGGCGGUCGAGAAGGCGAGGGAGCCGACGGUGAGUAUCAGCCAGGCGAGGAAGAAGGAAAAGGAGCAGAGAAAGGUCGCGCAGCAGAUGAAGUGGGCAGGCAUAACGGCGCCGCCAGGUGGAAGUGUUGCGUAGGCACCGCUUUCGCGUGAUAUGAUGUGGAUUUCGGUUGCAGUCGAAAGCAUGCCUCAGCGAGGAAUGGAAGUUCAAGGAAAAUUAGAUGUCGCUUUGGACAAUAGAUGGAAAAGGAAGAAGACAAAAGCAUUUGAUACCCGCGCUCGUCAGAAUUACGAGGGCUUAGACAAUACACCAAUCUUGGAUAAUAACUCCAUCGCCAACA